AUGCCUCUGUAUCAAGUUGAACAUUCUGACCCCUUGACAAGGGCAGAAAUGGACGAGCUGGCAGUAAAAAUAACAGACAUUCACAAAACUGCAUACGGCACCCCUACGCCUUUUAUAAGCGUAGUCUUUGAAGACAUCUCAAAGACAAACUUUUACGAAGGAGGUGUACAAAAACCGGGCUACAAUCGUAUAUUUGCCAUUGUGCGAAUAGGCGGAUCCCGGACCGCGCAAGACUUCAACGAGCUUUGUGUCAAGUUGUCCCAGGCUUGGCGCGAGGUUGUCUCCGAGAAUGAUGCGUCGACUGGAAGUGUAGAACGGAAAUUAGCCGGUGCAUUUGUACUGAGGAGCAUCAAUGCGCUGUGGGAGCACGGCUUUGUUCUACCCGAGCCUGGUGAAGAUGGAGAAUGGUUCAAACAGAACAAGACGGAGUUUCAGAAAAGGGCCAAGGCUGGAGACGGGACAAUGAUGCGGCUAUUGAAGGAACUGGGGGUAUCUUAUGAAGCGUAA